CUCCUCCCUGCUAGCUUAACUCCUUGCCGUGGGUAGCCAUGGCGGCAGCGAAGUCAAACCAACUCAGCACCCUUGUGGCCAACAUGUUCGCUGCGGGUUUGCUGGAUGAUCAGUUCCGGCAACUUGAGAUGCUCCAAGACGAGGGCAACCCAGACUUCGUUGCGAAGGUUGUCAUGCUUUUCUGCGAGGAGGGUGAGCGUAUCAUUGGCGAGCUCGCCAAGCAAUUGGACCAACCAUGUGUGGACUAUGGCAAGGUGGACACAUUUGUGGAUCAACUCUGGGGAAAUAGUUUAUAUGUUGGUGCUCGGAGAGUGAAGAACACUUGCAUUCAGUUCCAUGAGUGUUGUCAGGAGAAGAGCAGCAUUGGGUGCCUGAAGGCACUGGAUUCUGUGAGAAAUGAUUUCUAUGAUCUGUGCAGCAUGUUCAUACCAUAGGCUUCAGCUGCAGCAGCAUGUCCUAAACUAUAGGCCGGAGCAAUAAAGAUGGAGCUGCAUGU